GUACACGGCCGAGUUAUUAGAGAACACGUAUUCUCGUCCACAGUAUUAUUUGUAUACCGGUUUGUGGAGUCGAGACUAAAUCUUCUUCACCAAAAUGAAAGUCAAGAUGGCGACGACGGAUGAAAACGAGGACUUUACAUUAUUUACUGUCGGAAGUAUCGUUAGAUGUAAAACAUGUCACCAGCAAACGGUAGAAGGUGAAGUCGUUGCAUUCGAUUAUCAAACUAAGAUGUUGAUAUUAAAAUGCCCCAGUUCUAAUGGAAAAGCUAAUAAUAAUGAUAUACAUAUGAUUAAUUUGGAUUUUGUGGAAGAUGUUGAAGUAAAAAAGGAAAUAUCGAGUACUCCUCCAGCUCUACAAUCAUUAAAUCUUGAUAAGUUAAACAGCAGAGCGAAACAAAAUAUAAAAGAAAGACAGUGUUUAGUGACAGCUAUAUCAUCUGGAGUCAGCCAAGAAGGAAUGAAAUUAUUUGUUGCCAUUACCAAGACUAUCAGUGAAGUUUCCUGGCAAGGCAAGAACAUAGUUGUAAUGAAUCAAGUUACCAUCACUCCACCUUAUCGUCCUGAGAAUUGUAAAGGGAAAACUGAAGGUGAAGCCUUAAACCAUGUUAGAAAGAUAGUUGAAAAACAUCUGAAAGAUCAGCAAAUGCAACAACAGUCCAGAUCACAAAUUGCCCAAUCAUAAAUUGCAUGACUCUAGGUUUACUUUUAUUUUCAAAAGAGAAUAACUUCCACAGUUGUCUGUUCAGUCUUGAGACAAGUGUGAUGCUCUAUAUAUAAUUGUUCUCAUGUUUACAGAUGUCUAAUAUAUAUUAGUGCUUGGAAAUUAAGAUUUCUGUUUUAAAUUUUAAAGAGAUUUAUUUAUUUUAUACUAAUUUAAAUAUAAGAUUUUUUAUUUGAACAGAAUUUAGCAUUUUUGCUCAUUUUUUGAAAUUUUUUGUAUUUAUAUUCAUAAUACGAGAACAUGUAAUAUAUAAAGCACACAUAUGUCAAAUUUUAUCUAAUUUCUUUCUCAUGGACAUUUUUGUAUACAUCUGACUGUGGAAGAGAUUUCUCUGUAAAUGGUGAUGCCAUCAAACAAGUGGAAAGUGAGAUUAUACAGUUUCAUGCAUGAAAUGUAUACAUAUCUCGGCAGACUAGUCCUGUUUCGUUGAAGCUUAACCACCUGAUUCUAACACCAAAAUGUGGGAAGUAUGGCUAUUUUGGUCUAUUCAUUAACAAUAGACAUCAAAGGUCCUGAAUAUGGUAAAUUCCAAACAAAAAAAAGAACUGUACCAUAGUUAGACCUGUGUAAUAAAGCAUUCAGUCUAUCCUAAAUACUAAUUGAGAUUUAUAUCAAAGAUAUAAACACUUGAAUUUUUAAGGUUUUAAAAUUUUAUAAAGUUUAUUUGAAAAUUUUAAUACUAUAUAAUCUGUAAUAGUUUCCAAUUCACUUUACAGAUAUUGCAGAAAGAAUAGUUGUAAUUAUUAGUUAGAUUUGGUCAGCAUGUAGAAAGUAGGAACAAACAGAUAUAUUAUCAAACUAACAUGAUCCUAUAUAUUAAUACAGUCAACUCAUAUUAAAAUAUAAAGCAGUCCAAUUAUUAUCUUGCAACUUUACUUAUCUAAAU